UGAACUAUUUCAUUGGGGGGUUUCAGAAAGAAAAGGGUUUUAAGAACGCACAUUUCUUCUCCUUCAUUCAUCUUUCUCCUCAACAAUGGAAGGCGCGUCAUACGCACGCAUGCCGCGCGUCAAAAUCCGUGAACUCAAAGACGACUACAUGAAGUUCGAGCUUCGCGACACUGACGCCAGCGUCGCCAACGCGCUACGGCGCGUGAUGAUCUCCGAAGUCCCAACCGUCGCCAUCGACCUUGUUGAAAUCGAAGUGAACUCUUCCGUUCUCAACGACGAGUUCAUUGCUCACAGACUCGGUCUCAUUCCACUCACAAGCGAACGUGCCAUGGCCAUGCGCUUCUCACGUGACUGUGAUGCUUGUGAUGGUGAUGGACAGUGUGAGUAUUGUUCAGUUGAGUUUCAUCUUAGGGUUAAGUGUAUAACGGAUCAGACGCUUGAUGUUAGUAGUAAGGAUCUUAUUAGCUCCGAUCAUACCGUUACACCGGUGGAUGUUCCUGGUGGUGAUGCUUCUAUUGAAUCUGAUGGAAGGGGGAUUAUCAUUGUGAAGUUGAGGAGAGGUCAGGAGCUGAGGUUGAGAGCGAUUGCUAGGAAGGGGAUCGGGAAGGAUCAUGCCAAAUGGUCACCAGCUGCAACUGUUACUUUCAUGUACGAACCAGACAUUCACAUCAAUGAGGAUUUGAUGGAGUCUUUGACACUUGAGGAGAAAAAGGAGUGGGUGGAUAGUAGUCCAACUCGUGUCUUUGAUAUUGAUCCUGUUACACAGCAGGUGAUGGUAGUUGACCCUGAGGCAUAUAGUUAUGAUGACGAGGUCAUCAAGAAAGCAGAAGCAAUGGGAAAGCCUGGGCUUAUAGAAAUAACUGCAAAGCAAGAUAGCUUCAUUUUCACGGUUGAAUCUACCGGAGCAGUGAAAGCAUCUCAAUUAUUGCUAAAUUCCAUUGAAAUUCUCAAGCAAAAGCUGGAUGCUGUGAGGCUAUCUGAAGACACCGUAGAAGCUGAUGAUCAGUUUGGUGAGCUGGGUGCACAUAUGCGAGGAGGAUGAUUUUGAAGGAUUUGAGACGUGUCCCUGGAACUUGUUUUGUGUGUUGCAUGUCGACAGUUGAAAUAUGUGUUAACUCGUUGAACCUAAGAUAAUUUACUACUGUGUUAGGUACUUGAAGAUAAACUAGAUCUAAGUUACUUGGCUUGCUAGAAACAGUGGUUAGCUUAACUCUUUGAAUCAAAUAUGUGCUCACACUUAAAGUGAUGGGUUUAUUCAGCUCAAUUCAGUCACGAUUAAGUUGAAGCUUUGGUUAUUAAAGUCACUUGUUGAACCCUGUAUAUACAACUUAAAUCCGUAAGAUUUUAUUUAGUUCAAUCGAAGCGUAAAGGCAAA